CGUUUAAUUUGAAAACAUAAAUAUAUCAAAACACAGAGUGAGAAGGAUUCGAUUCAAAUUCAGAUUCAAGAUCCCAUUACUAUGUGAAAGAAAAAGGUUAGUGUAUCUCUCCAAUCUCUCUAACCUUUUGUACCAAUCCGAAUCUCGAAAACGAGAAACCAAUCGCCACUAGAUUCAGAUCCCCCCGAGCUUUCGAAUCAUCAUCAAUGGCGGAAGAGACGGUUAAAAAGUACAUUACCAACGAAGAUCUCAAAAACCACAACAAACCGGGAGAUCUAUGGAUCGCGAUCCAAGGCAAAGCCUACAACGUCUCCGAUUGGAUCAAAUCCCACCCCGGAGGCGACGCGGUGAUCCUCAACCUCAUCGGCCAAGACGUCACCGACGCGUUCAUCGCUUUCCACCCCGGAACCGCGUGGCACCACCUCGACAACCUCUUCACCGGCUACCACGUCAGCGACUUCCAAGUCUCGGAGGUCUCCCGCGAUUACCGCCGCAUGGCCGCCGAGUUUCGCAAACUCGGCCUCUUCGAAAACAAAGGCCACGUCACUCUCUACACCUUAUCCUUCGUCGCCGCCAUGUUCGCCGCCGUUCUCUACGGCGUUCUCGCCUGUACUUCGAUCCUCGCUCAUCAACUCGCCGCCGCGAUACUCGGACUGUUAUGGAUCCAGAGCGCGUACAUCGGCCACGACUCUGGACAUUACGUCAUCAUGACGAACGAAUCGUGUAACAGAUUCGCUCAGCUCCUCUCCGGUAACUGCCUAACGGGAAUCUCGAUCGCGUGGUGGAAAUGGACUCACAACGCGCAUCACCUCGCGUGUAACAGCCUCGAUUACGAUCCCGAUCUGCAGCACAUCCCCGUGUUUGCAGUCUCCGCCAAGUUCUUCAACUCCAUGACGUCGCGGUUCUACGAUAGGAAACUCGCUUUCGAUCCCUUGGCGAGGCUCUUGAUCAGUUACCAGCACUUCACUUACUACCCGGUCAUGUGCUUCGGGAGAAUCAACCUGUUUGUGCAAACGCUCCUCCUCCUCUUCUCCAAGCGCGAGGUUCCGGAUCGCGCGCUAAACUUCGCCGGAAUCUUGGUGUUCUGGACUUGGUUCCCGCUCUUGGUUUCCUGCUUACCGACUUGGCCGGAGAGAUUCUUCUUCGUCUUCACUAGCUUCAGUGUUACGGCGCUUCAGCAUAUUCAAUUCACGCUUAACCAUUUCGCUGCUGAUGUGUACGUGGGCCCGCCCACGGGGGGAGACUGGUUCGAGAAGCAGGCGGCGGGGACGUUGGAUAUCUCGUGUAGUUCGUAUAUGGAUUGGUUCUUCGGUGGGUUGCAGUUUCAGCUCGAGCACCAUUUGUUUCCGAGGCUGCCGCGUUGCCAUUUGCGGAAAGUGGCUCCGGUGGUUCAGGAGCUUUGCAAGAAGCAUAACCUUCCGUAUAGGAGUUUAUCGUGGUGGGAGGCGAAUGUGUGGACUAUUAGGACUUUGAAGAAAGCUGCUUAUCAGGCUAGAGACGCGGCUAAUCCUGUGGUUAAGAACUUGGUUUGGGAAGCUUUGAAUACUCAUGGCUAAGUUGACUUCGGAAUCAGACAAUGAACACUUGUUUUGUUUUUUGUUUGAUUAUAAUCAUCAUCAUUAUGUUUGCUUUUGAAUAUUUUUUAAAUUUCGUGUUGUUACUGUGGAAGAGCUGUUAUAUUGAAUUGUAACGAGAUUUAUCGAGACUCUUAGCAUAUUAUUUAUUUGAAUUUUGUUUUGUUUUCUUA